UCACUCCAGCUGGUUUAAAUCUAAAAUUAGUUCACUGUAGAGAGUGGAGUGAUAUUGUUUUCACGAUUUCGUAACAUCACAUCAGAUCAGAGGAAAUGAAGUAAAAUUUGACAUAAUAAUUGACUUGUGGCCAAUGCAAAUCAGGAAUCAAAUACACAUCAUAAUCAACUGUCUGGGGGUAAAAAUAGAUCAGACAGAGUGAACUUACGGAAAAAGACGAUAAAAUACGAAACAUAUCAAUAGCACUAUAUCGAUACUUGUGUCAACAUGUAGUUGGUUCAGAAGAUCAUGUUAAACAAAUCAGAUUGAUGAAUUCUGUCAGGGAUAUCCUGUCAAAUGACAGUGCUACCAGUACUAUAACAAGUGGAAGCUUUGGCGAAGGACUUAGCAUGCGAGGCAGUGAUUUAGAUGUAAUGUUUGUACGUAAAGAUAUUGAGGUUUACGAAAAUGUAAUACCCAACCUUCGUCCAAAUAUAUCAUAUUUUUCACUAGAAAGAGACAACGUAAAAGCUGGGUUUACUCGGUUACAACUAGCAUAUACCAUAUGGAAGAAUAUUCUAAAUCAAUGUGAAGAACAACAUGGUAAAUAUUAUUAUUCAAGUACAUUAUAUAAACAACAUUUCUUGCAAUUGAAAGGAAGUACGAUUCAUGGACCGUGUUUAACUGACGCAGAUGGAACUUAUGACUUUGCAUGGUGUUUACAUUGUAAAACGUGGGUAUCACCUGCAGUAAAGUGGGUUUCAAGAUCAAACAACUCAUGGCCGAGUGAUGACGUUAAACUCAGUAUUAUUAAACACGGAGUUCUAUUUGUGCCGAUCGGAGUUAAGGGAUCACCUAACGAAGAUCUUGAAUGGCGAGUAUCUUUUUCAGUUGGGGAAAAACUUCUAAUAAAUACCUUUACACACACUCAAUUACUUUGCUAUGCUCUCUUAAAAAUUAUUUUGAAAGAUCUAAUAGAUACUUCUUUCGGAUGUAAAGAUUUACUUUGCUCUUAUUUCAUGAAAACAAUAGUUUUCUGGUUAUCAGAAGAACUUCAACAAUCGGCUUGGAAACCUGCUAAUUUUAUAUCUUGUUUUAUUCGAUGUUUCAACAGACUGAUUUAUUGUGUUGAGACUUCAAAUUGCUUGAAUUACUUCAUUCCGGAGAACAACAUGUUUGAAAACAAAAUACAAGGUCGUGCUCGUGAAAUACUUUUAGAGAAACUAUAUACGUUACAUAGCUAUGGUUGGCGAUGCAUCUUAUUUUCAGAUCAAGUAUCUAAAUUUGAUGUAUCAAUGUGGAAUUUACCCAUCGAAUCGCAUGCAUUAUAUGUAAAUGAUGUUGAAAAAAUGCUUAAAUCCAACGUUUUAUCAUCUGCAAUGAAUACAAUAGAUUUACCAGAAUCCAAUCGAUUUAAUAUAGGAAUGAUUCAUCCGAUUUCGUAUACACAGUCUUUAAUAAAAAACGUCUAUACAUAUUACUUUUCACAGUUGUGUAAAAGACUUGCUCAGGAUACACCACUGUUCAGUUCAUUUAGUUGUAACAAAUUCAAAUACAAACAAUACAAAUCCUGUCUUAGUACUCUGCUGAAAAAUAUCUAUCAUGACGCUGUAUCUGGAUGGCUGAUGGUAGCUUCCCUUUUCUAUAAGACAAAACAAUACAAUAAAGCUUUACACAUUAUUAUGUAUUCCAUGUCGAAAUGUACUCCAGAAAAACUGCACCGCUUCAUGACUAUGUCGGAUAUCCAUUACCAGUUACUAAAACUGCAAACAUUUCACCAAAAGAGUUUCGUAUGUUUGCAGAAAACAAUGUUUGUUGAUUGCAUGCAAUUUACGAAAGAUUCUACGAUAAUACCAGAUGAACUUCAAAUUAACCAUAAGAACGGACGUAUGAUCUUUCCAUCUACUGUGUUUGCUUAUUUCCUUAAUUGUCUUUGUCAUUAUCAUCUCAAUAAUGUAAGACAAUGUCAAGAUUCCCUUCAAGGUUUAGAAAUGACUACAGAUGAGGAAGAUUAUUUCAUUGCAGAAGCUUACAAUAUGUUGGGAAUAGUUCUAAAUCUAAUAGGCGACAGGGAGUCUGCAAGACAAGCAUUCUUAAAGUCUGUUGAAAUACAGCCAGAUGAAUCGAUAAAUUCUGCCGGAAAGAGGCUUUUAUUUAUGAGUUGAAUAAAACAAAUUAUCAUUCUGUUGAAAUGACGACGUCAGUGCACUUUUUGAUUCUAUGAGAUGAAGUUUAUUUUUAUGAAAAUGAGUUAAAAAUGUCCGUUACUGGUAUGCAGGUGAAUAUAGAUAAUAA